UCCGCGGAGGAGGACUUGAGGCGCUACACGCCUACUACUGUCAAAGAUAAUUGUUUUAUUUCGACUGUCAAUUGAAUGUCUGCACUGGACGACGUGGACUACAACUUGGAUUGACACAAUACGUUUUUCCGACCUAAAUAAUGCUUUGCUGUUACUCUUAAACAAGCUCUAACAAAACAGUUGCUAAUUUAGGAAUGCCACACGCCUUUUCAACUACUAGUACCAUGCUAGCCAAUUUUCUUCGUGAAUAAGCUGUAGUUAGCUACUAGUAGUUAGCAAGUCAGCCAACACGUUAUGAUUUGGGAACACUAGCUAGCAAAACGUAGCUAACGUUUGCUAGCUAGCAAGUUAGAGGACAGCACAAGCCAGUUGCCCACCCUAAAAAUCAGUUUUUAGUUGGUUAACGUUACUUUUCUCAGUUUCGCUUGACACCAAGCAACUUGUUGGUGGUGGCUAAUUAUUUAUUGCGUGGUUUUUAUAAAGCAGCUUUACAGUUUCUUAUGCUAGCUAGCUGAACUAGACAACUAGCUAACGUUACAGACAUGGGAUUACACCCGUUGGAGUUUAGCGAAUGCUACCUGGACAGUCCCGGUUUCAGGGAGAAAAUAAAGGCGCACGAGGCCGAGUUGGAUAAAACCAACAGAUUUAUCAAGGAACUCUACAAGGAUGGAAAGAAUCUCAUCAAUGCCACAAAACAGCUUGCGUUGGCCCAGCGCAAGUUUGCCCAUUCCCUGGGAGAGUUCCAGUUUGAGUACAUCGGAGAUGCAAAAACGGACGAUGAGAGGUGUAUUGAUGAAUCCUUGCAGGAGUUUUCCAACUUCCUUAAGAACCUGGAAGACCAAAGAGAGCUGAUGAUGAGGAACAUUACAGAAACGUUAAUGAAACCGCUGGAGAAGUUCAGAAAAGAGCAACUGGGCUCAGCGAAGGAGGAAAGGAAGAAGUAUGAGAAGGAAACUGAGAAGUACUACAGCUCCUUGGAAAAGCUUUUGAACAUGUCAGCAAAGAAAAAGGAACCGCAGCUACAGGAGGCGGACAACCUGGUGGAGACCAUGAGACAGCACUUUCAGGAGGAGUCUCUGGAUUACGUGUGUAAACUACAGGAGAUCCAGGAGAGGAAGAAGUUUGACUGUGUGGAGCCAAUGCUGGCGUUCUUUCAGACAGUGUUCACCUUCUACCACCAGGGCUAUGAGCUGGCCAAUGACUUUAACCACUACAAGAAAGCCUUACAGAUCAAUAUACAAAAUACGCGGAGUCGGUUUGAGGGCACGCGGGUGGAGGUGUUUGAGCUGAUGAAGAGGAUAAGGGAGGUUCCCCAGGAGUACAGACAGACCAGCCCCAUCAGCAGCGAAGGAUACCUCUACGUCCAGGAGAAACGGCCCCCUCCUUUUGGUUCCAGUUGGGUGAAGCGUUACUGCACGUUUGUAAAGGAACAGAAAAUCCUACAUAUGGUCACCUUUGACCACAGGUCCGGAGGAAAGAUUGGCGAGACUGAAUCGGUCACCCUCAAGUCUUGCGUCCGCAAAACCACAGACAUGCUGGACAGGCGGUUCUGUCUCGAUAUAGAAAUCACAGACCGUCCGGGCACGGUCCUCACGGUCCAGUCGCUGUCGGAAGAUGACCAUAAGUUCUGGAUCCACGCCAUGGGGGGGAAAGAACCAGUUGGGCAGUACUUGGGUAAAACCCAUUUAAAAGAACGAGGAAUCGAUGCACAGCUAGAUGACGUAGGAUUGUCAUUUGUGAAGAAUGCCAUCAACGCCAUUGAGACGAGAGGUAUCAAUGACCAGGGCCUGUACAGAGUGGUGGGGGUCAGCUCCAAAGUCCAGAAGCUCCUUAGCCUAAUGAUCGAUGAGAAGAGCAACGAUGUGGAUCUGUCUACGUGUGAGGACUGGGAUGUGAAAACAGUCACCAGCACACUAAAGCUGUAUAUGAGGAGUCUUCCUGAGCCACUGAUGACCUAUGGACUGUACAAAAACUUUAUCGCCCCUGCAAAGGGUGGUAGUCCAGAGUCUCGUAGCCAAGCCAUCCACUGCCUGGUCCACAAGCUGCCUGAGAAGAACCGCCUGGUCCUGGGGCUACUGAUGAAACACCUGGCUACUGUGGCAGCUCACAGUAAGUUGAACCUGAUGACGGUGGCCAACCUGGGUGUGGUGUUUGGUCCCACCCUGAUGAGGCCCCAAGAGGAUACGGUGGCCGCCAUCAUGGACCUCAAGUUCCAGAACAUUGUGGUGGAGAUCCUCAUCGAGCAGCACGAGAAGAUCUUUGGAGAUGUCCCAGACGCAUCUUCCCCGGGUCUCUCCGCCCCCACCAGGCAGUCCAAGAAACUGUCGGUUCGACAGAACCGACCCCUGGCCGUCUAUAACCCAAAGUCAGUGGACCUGCAGACAGUGUCACCUGAUGUCGGUUCUAACUCGGAUGAGGCGUCGCUAGGCAGCAACGAGUCGGUGUCGUCCCAGUCGUCAGGGGCGACUGCCUCGGAGACGCCUCCGGAGAAGGCCAACCACGCCCCCCUUCUCGCCAGUCUCAGCUCAGGAGACAGCCCAGGGGCCUGCAUCGCUGUAGCAGCCUCGUGGCUCAACUCUGGAGCCCUGACCAAAGUCGGUUCUGAUGGGGACAAGACAGAGGACGGUGUCACCGGUGGUGGAGGCAAGAAAGCCAUGGCGGUGUACCCGUGCGAGGCCGAGCACGACUCGGAGUUAUCCUUCCAGGUCGGAGCAAUAUUCAGCGCUGUGGCACCUUCCAGGGAACCUGGCUGGCUGGAAGGAGAGCUGGAGGGGAAGAGAGGCCUCAUCCCUGAAAACUAUGUGGAGAUGCUGUAGUCCAGAACCUAGGACCUCUUAGCACCUGCCUGUAUACUCUCAGUGGAAGAGUAGCCUGGUCCCAAAGAUGUUUGUGCUGUGUACUCUUAUAUGGUCAUAGUCAUUACCAAACAUGCCAAACCAUAGAAGUUGGCUAUACAGCAAAACAUUGUUGGCAAGACCGCACAAACAGAUCUUGGACCAGGCAAGUGGAAGAGGGGUCUCGUCAUCCCUGACCAUCUACGUUCUAGAUGCUGUAUGCCAAACCCAAGGGUCGCCUGGCCUGCCACCGUCUAUUGCUGUAUCUCGCCGUCUUUCCCAACUGUCACCUUAUACAUGGUAUCCAUGAAGUUGAUGUUGACACACUCCCAUUCUCAAAUUCAUACUUUCUCUUAUGCCUUCAACUCUCACCUUCCCUGCCCGGUGACUACCAUGAACACGUUCAACAACAUUAAUGCAGAAUCCCACCGACCAGCCCAAUAAAUACCCCCAGCAAUGAUGUACAAUCCAUGGUCUUGGAUAUAGGAAAGAAAUAAACAUUUUAAGGUGCCUUACAACACCAAGACA